AUACGUUGAAAUCAUUCAUCAAGCCACCAUCUGCAUUAAUGAUAGCCGCUGACGCUCGACUUAAAGCGCCAAAUCAAGAAAUCGCCAAUUCGCGAAAAUCACAUCGUUCAUUAGUAGCAUUUGGUGUCAACAUACCUAAUGAGAUUGAUAAACACAGAGAGUUUAGCCUGAUUGAUGCCGCUGAUGGCUUUGGAAUAUGGUCUGGUGUCGGUCAGGAAUACAACGCAAAGAGUAUUUGGGAAGAAGCUAUAUCUUGUCGAGUUAGAGGAGAGAAAUAUGAUUUUUCGAGUAAGAAGAUUGUCAUGCCUGAAACCAAAGCACCUAGCAUUGGAACAAUCAGUACGCCUCGAAUUACGUCUAAUAGACAUAACCUGCAGAGUGAUACCCAGGACGCAAAAGAACUGAAGUUAUGGCAAGAGUCACCGUUUCCACCACAAAGUCCGAGUGCGAUGCGUAAGAGAUACGCUGAAGUAUCAACCCCUAAACGAGGCAGGAAACGCAAACAUAGAGACUCUGUCGUCGAAAGUGCAAAGAAGGUACCAGGUCGUGGUCGUGGCCGACCUCCAAAGAACAAGGCAGAUUCUUCAGAUGUCAAGGGUGAGAAAGAGACUGAGAAGAAACCGACGAUAAAAGGCAAUGGUAUCACAUAUGUUUAUGGUGCGUUCAGAGGAAGGAGGAAGAUUACAGACCCUCUUGUACAGAGUUUCAUUGCUGCCAAUAAAAUUAGUGAAAAUGAUCUCAAGAAGGUGGAAGUACCUACAAAGACAAAGUCUCAGGCGGUAGAAGAACAUCGAUCGGUAGCAGCCGAACUUGAAUCGACACCAAAGAAGCCUGAAUCAAGCGCAAAAAUGCCCAGAUCUACUUUAGAUAUAAUUGAGUCAAGUCAAGAAAAUCUUGAGAUUACUCCAGGCCAGUCUGAAUGGACACCACAAAAAUCCCAGUCGACGCCUAUACAGCAAAAUUCAAUAGAUAAUGACGAAGAAAAUCAAACGAGCCCAAAGAAAACCACGAAAAAGAGCAAAAGAUCAGAAAAUCCACCCAGGAAAAAACAAAAUGAGUCAAAAUCAUCGUUACACACGCAAGUGCAUCACAAAAUGAGGGAUGGUAACGGUAGAUUCUCAAAGAACUAGUAAUUUUAUUCGAUAUUCAAUGAAGUGUAUGUAAUUAUAUGCAAAUUAUUUGUAUACAUGUAAUCUAAGAGUUGUAUUUAUCCAAUUUGAUUCAUAUUUGCUGUGUAGUGCAAUUCUAGUAUCAUUUCAUUUGAUCAAGCUCUACGAGAGCCUAUAGCGCCUAAAACUAAAGUCUUUUUCUUUUUCUUCUUUUUACCAUUAUUUUCAUUUUCUUGUGUAGUUCCUUGUUGCUCGAUGGCUGCAUUCCACUGGGCGUCAAAUGUCUCCAUAUCAUGCUUACUUUGGUUGUUAAUAGCGUCUUGGCUGGACAGGGCUGUAGCAAACGAGGUUCCCCAUGGACCUCCGCCCCCAUUUUGGCUCCUUGUAGCCGCUGCACUAAGAGCGAGUGCAUGAUUUAGCUGAGUCUCUUCAUCCUCUUCCUCUAUAGGUCUUGGCGUUGAUACCAUUUGAGGGAAUGACUUUGUAGAUAAGGCCUCUGCCUGUUGAGCUAUUCUUUCAUUUUCUAAAAUCAUCGCUCGUUUAGCUGCCUUUGCUGAUUCUCUCUCCUCUCGUCUAUGUUUGGCGUUCCGUCUGGUUUUGCGUUGCUCAAGAGGCUCUUUAAAAAAUAACAAUGUUUCCUCAUCAACUAUAUCCUUGAGUGAUGUUUCUACAAAUAUUAUAUCACUACCGAGUGGAACAUGCGAAAGAUAUUUGCAACGUUUGCGAAGAUUUUCAUCCAUUGUAGCCUCUUGUAUGUGUUCAAUCGGCAGAGAAAGUUUUGGUGGGAAAAGUGAAUAGGACUUGAAUUGAUGUAAUAGAAUCCGUGUGUCGAGUGUAUGCAAAUAUAUUGGUAAUCCUUGACUAGAUUGGUAGAAAAAGUAAUCACGCGUAUGUUCAGGUGGAACAUAUUCAGAACGUUUUGAAAGCUGAUUAUAGAUAUCUUGCUGACGUUCCUCAAUUUGGUGAAGAAUGGGCGUAUCAAUAGUUUCAUUGAUAGUGUGAGUUGCGUCAAUGACCUUUUCGGUCGCUUGAUCAAUAAACAUUUGCGUGAAAUGAUCACCUUGAUUCUUUUCGCGUUCCGAUUGUAGUUUGUGUAUAUCAUUAACGUAUAGGCUAUUGAGUGAACUAGAUGUGGCUAGCAUGUAUUUCGCGAAAGUAAAUACGAUUGGAAUGAAUGAAGGCGGGAUUUCUUGUGGUGGUAUAAGUGAGCUAGGGUAGAAAUGACCUAAGGGUAGAGCUAGCUGACUAGACGGGGGUUUACGCAGGAGAGUGAGAUCCACGAUAGAAGUUGAUGGGUAGAUAUUGUAGAAAUGCACUGGUUUUACGUUCUUUAAGUAAAAUACGUCUCCACAUACAGCGCAUUUUGU